AUGGGUGGCGAGUUCUUCCUUCGACUCCGCAAAGAUCACAAGAUCGAGCAGAAGACUUGGGAAGAGGCUCUGCGGCGUGUGGUGGACACCUUAGGAGGCACUGCCGAUACAGAUCACCGUUUUGACGGGCCAGAAUAUGCCUUCGAGUUUGAGGACCCGGCUGCAAAGUGGGGAGGGGAUCCACCGACGCCCAAGACCUUCCGCUUGGCAUGGCAGUGGGGGCCGGAGGCGAUCCAAUCCGAGCUUGGCGGGCGACGCCGCAGUGAUUGGAGCACGGUGGGCAAAGUAUGCAAGAUGCUUUGCGAUCACUUUCCGGGCCGGCUCGCUCUUGUAGUGUGUGACGGUAUGAGCGGAUAUGAGGACGACUUGGGGGACAUGUUCUACGAUGGGAUCAUCUGUGCAUCCUGCCACUGCGAGAAGGAUGGCACCGACCAGGGACUCGUCUCCAACCACGCCUACUCAGUGCUAGGCUGGGAUGCGGAGGAGGAAGAUCGAACGGAAGAGGACAAGAAGUUCCGGCAGGUCCUUGUACAUCUACGGAAUCCCUGGGGCUGGCAAGUGUGGAGGGGCAAGUGGUCCAAUGUGGAUGCUUGGCAUGCCCUGAGCAGGAGCUUGAAGUCUCGUGUUCUCUUUGCAGGCUCUGGCACUGGAUAUGGAGCAUCGGGUUUCGUGGUGCCUGCAUGGCAACAGCGCAUCAGCAGAACGGUCGUCAAUAUCAGCACCACCAUUACCACACGCAACAUCAUCACCAUCACCAUCACCAUCAACAUCGUCGACGCCGGGCAACAUCACAUGACCACCAACAGCAUUGACAUCAUUAUCCUCAUCUGCUUCGAUUCGAUCAGCGCCUGCAUUCCGCAUGUCGGAGUCCGUGAGGGUAACACUAACGGCAUACUAGUAGUGAGGUCUUGGACGCUGAACAAACGCUACAAGAGCACGGCUGCGCUUGCAGAUGUAGACUGGGACGAGGUCAAGCGAACUGGCGUUGAUCCCUUGGGGGACGGCUCCUUCUACAUGUCGCUGAAAGACUUCUGGCACCACUACCGUGCCAUCCAGAUCUGCACCGUGCCGUUCGAGAGGGAAUACAAGCCGGCGAUCUAA